CGCAGCGGACGGUCUGGCAGCGGCAGCGGCACAACAAGAGCGGCUUUCAGGCUUUGUUUCGUGGCUGUGAAUGAGCUCGGUCACCUCCUCCAGAUAUGUGGUCGGAUACAUGGAUAUUGUUUCUUUUCCAUUUGUUCAUCCUCAGGCUGCCUUACCUGAAAGCCACUGAUGAGUGUGAGGAUGGACAAUUUCAGUGCAACAACAAAAGGUGUAUACCGACCAUCUGGAGGUGCGACGACGAUGACGACUGCUCCGAUAACAGCGACGAAGAAAACUGCCCCAGGAAAACGUGUGCCCCUGCUGAGUUUGCCUGCUUAAACGGACAGUGUGUCCCGGGCCGGUGGCGAUGCGACGGGGAACCGGAGUGUCCAGAUGGCUCUGAUGAGGCAGAGGAGACGUGCAGCAAACAGACGUGCCCUCCAGAGAAAUUUGACUGCGGGGGAUCCACCAACAAGUGUGUCUCGUUGUCAUGGAGAUGUGAUGGGGAGAAAGACUGUGAGAACGGGGCGGACGAGGAGGACUGUGCAUCUGACGCCAAAGCGUGUCCCAGCGCCGAGUUCAUGUGUGCCAACCGUAAAUGCCUCGCCGCCGUCUACGUGUGUGACGGCGACGACGACUGCGGAGACGGCAGCGACGAGCUCAAGUGUGCGGCGGCGCAGACCUGCGGGCCCAACCACUUCCGCUGCAACACGUCGGAGUGCGUGCCGCUGAUGUGGAGCUGCGACGGAGACCCCGACUGCUCGGACGGAUCCGACGAAAGCCCGGAACGUUGCGGCGACGGUGCCCCCUACCUGCCCAACCGCAGAGCCAACUGCACCGCCGAUGAGUUCCGCUGCGCUAACGGGGAGUGUAUUCGCCUGACGUGGAAGUGUGAUGGAGAUCCAGAUUGCAAGGACAAGUCCGACGAGUCAGACUGCCCUCUGCUGACAUGUCGACCUGAUGAGUUUCAGUGCGGUGAUGGUUCCUGUAUCCACGGUACCAAACAGUGCAACAAGGUCCACGACUGUCCUGACCACAGCGACGAGUCCGGCUGCGUCAACGCCACAAAAUGCGAAGGGCCCCUGAAGUUUCAGUGCAAGAACGGAGAGUGUAUCGACAGCUCCAAGGUGUGUGACUCUGUCAAGGACUGCAAGGACCGCUCGGAUGAGCCUAAAAAAGAGUGUGGGUUGAACGAGUGUAUGAUCAAUAACGGCGGCUGUUCACACGUCUGCAUGGACAGACCAAUCGGCUUCGAGUGCCAGUGUCCCACCGGCUACCAGCUGCUGGACAAGAAGACCUGUGGAGACAUCAAUGAGUGUGAGAACCCUGACGCUUGCAGCCAGAUAUGCAUCAACUACAAGGGAGAUUUUAAGUGCGAGUGCUAUGAAGGAUAUGAGAUGGACCUGGUCACUAAGACUUGCAAGGCUGAAGGGAAAAGCCCAUAUUUGCUGUUCACUAACCGCCAUGAGAUUCGACGCAUCGACUUGGUGAAGAGGGACUACAGCCAGGUUGUGUCUACACAGAAGAACGCCGUGGCUCUAGACUUGGACGUGGCCAACAACCGCGUCUUCUGGUGUGACCGAUUCCACAGGAAAAUCUACAGCGCCUUCAUCCACGAGGCCAGCGACCCCUCCCAGCAGAUUCCGCUGGUGGAUUCGUCCCUGCAGACUCCUGUGGGCCUGGCGCUGGACUGGCUCCAACACAACCUGUACUGGACCGACUCGGGAGACAAAUCCAUCUCUGUGUCCUCAGUGGACGGCACCAAGAGGCGCGUCCUCAUCAGCUCUGACCUGAGCGAGCCCCGGGCCAUAGCGCUGGAUCCCCACCACGGCUUCAUGUACUGGUCAGACUGGGGCACACGAGCCAAGAUAGAGAAGGCUGGAAUGAACGGAGUGGAUCGGCAGGUUCUGGUGUCUGUAAAUAUUGAAUGGCCCAAUGGCAUUACUCUAGACGUAGCCAACCGGCGCCUCUACUGGGUCGACUCCAAACUGCAUCUCAUAGCCAGUGUGGACCUGAACGGGGCUCACCGGAGAACACACAUGUCCUCUGCAGAGAGAUUGGGACACCCUUACGCUCUGGCUGUCUUCGAGGAUCGGAUCUACUGGACCGACAGAGACAAGGCAGCAGUUUUUAUGGCCAAUCGAUUAACCGGUCAGGACAUCCAGGCUCUGGCUGAAAACUUGAACGAUCCCCAUGACAUUGUGGUUUUCCACCAGCUCCGACAGCCACCAGGUCCAGACAGCUGUAAUUUAGGCAGUGUAGCCAAUGGGGGUUGCGAGUACUUGUGCCUUAAAGCACCACAGAUCACCGAACAUUCUCCCAAAUACACUUGUGCGUGUCCAGAUGGACAGGACUUGGGGCCUGAUAUGAGGGGCUGCGUACCAGCAGCGCCAAGGGACGACGUGACAGCGAGAUGGCCACCUGCCUUUGAAUUUACACCUGACGCCAGAGGCAUCGCUCCUUCCUCAGGAGGUGCUUCGCAGGCAGACGACGUCCCAUACUUGAGCACCGUUCCGUCUGCUUCUCCCGAGUUUCUCACGCCACUCAGUACGCUGCAGCCUCUGUCGUCGCAGGAGUCCGAGUCACUGGGCUCCCACUCCACAGCCACGGCCACGGUCAUCUCAACCACGUCUGCAGGGGACAGCAGUGUCUCCCAACACUCCGGUGGUGAGAACUUCGUUCUGGGUGAGAACCUGACGGUGGCCGUUCUGGGCGUGGUCAUUCCUAUUGUUCCUAUCGUUGCCACAGUGGUGUUCGGCCUGGUCUGCGCCGGAGUCUACCUGGCGUGGCGGAACUGGCGCCGCAACUCCACCAAGAGCAUGAACUUCGACAACCCGGUCUACCGCAAGACCACCGGCGAGGGCGAGGAGGACGAGAUCCACAUCGGGAGGACCGACGGCAUGGGACACCACGUCCACCACCACCACCCGUACCCCCAGGGGGUUGGUAUGGGCGUGGUGGGGGCUGGGGGCGGCACCUGCCCGCAGUUCAUUGCCCUGCCUUUGGGGGGCAGCAUGCCCGACGCGGGGACUCACUGGUACACGGAGCAGCCCAUGCUCUCCACUGCAAAGUGAGGCAAAAGGACCUGCUUCUGGUGCAGCUGGACUCUCAGGCACACGGAGAAGUCAGAAUGAACUUGGACUAAGUUUACCGAAGGGAUGAACAACAUAUCAUUGUUUCAUUCAUCCACACACACACGCCCAUGCCCCCCCCCACACACACAGCCAUGUCCUGUCACGUUACAUAUAAACCAAGAACGAGAAAGAAAAAUUAGGGAAUGAAAUCUGUUUUUUCUCCAGUAGAUUCUGGUAGUUAAGUAAUCAGGUGGUGCAGAUGCGCUCUCAACGCUGGAAAAUUAAGUCAAACUCUCCGUUUUUAACUUUUCCAUUGACAACCGUGUGCAUCUGAAGCUGCUAUAAGGCAUCGGACUUGAGCAUCCAUUUUGUCCUUGAUGUGUUAGUUUGAGUUUUGUGUUACUGCUGGUUGGCGGCAGCGCUCUGGGACAGCUAACUAAAGAAAGAGGAGCUGUUCAACUGGGGCAGCCGGUGGAGACAAUCUGUUGGGAUCAAUCCCAAAUGCUGUUUCUGGAGACGCCUGGUGUUGUAAACAUUUAUUCCUGGAUCACUUUGUCCGGUUCAGUGCUUCAUGAUGUUGGUUGAACUCCGUCAGUUUUGAGUAUUUCUCUAAUUUAGUGAAGAGAGUUGGAAGAGUCUUCUGUGAGCAUAAAGGUGCAACUCAGAGUUCUUCUUCUUCUUCUUCUUCUUCUUUUAGUAGCUUGUUUUAGAUGUUAAAUGGUCUGAGAAAAGCAAUAGGCUGCAGAUAGCAGCCAGUUGAGGUGUUUUGUGGUUGAUGGGAAUCACUGAGUGGUAAUGAUUUCAUUUGACGACCCACUUUUGACUGUGACACACACAGACACAUGUACACUCCACCUGCCGUGCAGCGGUAUCAGAUUCCCGUUGUUUUCCAAAGUGGGUGGAGGGGGACGAGGACGAGGUAAAAUUCGCUCUCUGGAAACACAAGCAGCAUGCAACCAACCGACAUCGCCGCCGUUCAUUGUUCCACACGAGACGCUCUCACCCACACUCACACACAUUUACUGCACAGUCGAUUUCGCCACUGCUGCCACUGUUAUUUGAGUAGACAGUUUGGGACAGGAGGGCCCAGCUGGUCUCUGCUUAGGGAGAGAAAAAAAACCUGUCAUAUUAUGUUACCACGAACGCGAAAAGAAAAAGAAAAAUCGGACUCCGAUGCAGUGCAGUGUGGUGCCUGCAGACCUCGUCGGUGAACAAGUUUCAUGCCGGUUUAUACAGAUCACCUGGAAAUUCCCCCGUGUGUGCUCAUCGAAAUGCAUGUGUGCCAAUUGUUCAUCGCACAGCCAUAUUUGAAACUGUUUUUUGGAUGCUAUUUGUUGCACAACCCUCUUAGAAUGCCUUCUGGUACUGUGUUUCUCAUGGACAAAGAAGGUGUGUGUGUGCGUGUUUGCACGUGUGUUGACCUCUGUGUGUAGGGGUGUGUGAGCGAGUGUGUGUCGGCAGAAAAGCUUCGAGGGUGUUUUUUUGACUCAUUGGGUUGUAAAUACGUUUUCAUAACGUUUUUUGAUAAGGUAUUGUAUAAUUCUGUAAAAGAAGAGCUGUAUAUAAGAUUUUAGAUAAAGUGUUGACACCUAUAUUAAUUUAUUUGUAUGAAGAAAGCACUGUUUUUUUCCUUCCUGAUUGUUUAAAAUCAGAGUUAUCCACCAAAGUGUUUUGUUUUAGUUGGUGUUUCUUGCUGUGUAUCGUUUAGCCUCAUUUUUUGUGAAUAUUUUUUCUUAGCCUUUAUAUAAUAUUAAGAGGCCCCCCACACCUUCCACCCAAAAAGAAUUAACAAAACAAAAUCCACAUUGGUGGAACAUUUUUAAGCCCAAUGUCAGUGAGAACGUUGCUUUGUAUUUAUUUGUGCCUUUUUUGUUUACACUUUCAUAUUAACCUUGUGUUUGUUUGUUUUUUGUUUUUUUCUCAUGAAAAAAAAAGUCAGCCAGUUGCUGUACGUCUAAUACCGAACUGUACUGAGGAAAAAUUGGUUGUGUGUUUUAUUUUUCAUAACUGAUUAGUUUUAAAUAUCUCUUUUUCUUGUUAUAUAAAAUCUGACAAACACAA